AUGUGUUUUGUAGGAUGGAGCAAGAAGAGAGCUGAGAGUAUACAAGGAGAUGAGAGUAUACAAGGAGAGUAUACAAAGAGAGCUCAGGAAAAGAGGGAAAUGGACUUCCACGAGCUAGAGGAGAUUCGCUUGGAUGCUUAUGAAAGUUUGAGAAUAUACAAGGAGAGAACUAAAGCCUUCCAUGACAAAAGAAUCGUGCCUAAGGUGUUCAAGGCAGGGGAUGAUGUGCUCCUUUACAAUUCUAGGCUUAAACUAUUCCCUGGGAAACUGAAGUCUCGCUGGUCAGGACCAUUCAAGGUCAAGGAGGUGCUGCCUUAUGGAGACAUCACUUUAGUGAACCAAAACGGAGUGGAGUUUAUGGUUACAGUCACCGGUUGA